AAGUCAUCCCAUAAGCGGAGAAGGGAAGAUUCCGGGUUCCAUGUUAGACCCAUAAGUCUGACACGUUGUACCUCGAUAAAUAAGUUAGUACGCACGCAAACGACACGCGAUACCAAAGCAUCGUCAAUUGUUGCACGGAAAUCAACAUGAACAAGACCUCUCACACUGAUGAACCCUUUGAGGGCGAUGACGGCUACAACCAGAGCCCGAACCCAAACUCUAGCGACUUGACUACCAACGCUGACUUCAACGGGCUCGUCAACAGUCGGGCCAGUCUCCAAGGCGACUCGCGUGCAACACUCCCAGACGCAGCGUCAAACAUGUCUGGUCAGAUAGCCAACAAUAAUCCCACUGAGACGCCCGGCCGUGGAAAGGCGAAGCUGCGGCUGGCCUAUCGGUCAAUCGACCAUGGCCAGCCCUCAGGCGGUCUGCGCUCAGCACCCGCCAACCCCCCGCCAGCAGCACCAGCUGGUUCCGCCGACAAAGGCGGUACGCCACUUCAGCGUCUCAAAGACACCCUCACCAAGAUUGGAUCUUUCAUUGGGCCUGGGUUCAUGAUUUCGGUUGCGUAUAUCGACCCGGGUAAUUACUCGACCGACAUCGCUGCAGGAGCUUCCUACCGCUUCCGGCUCCUCUUCAUCGUCUUGCUUUCAAAUGUGUUCGCGGUCUUUCUGCAGAGCUUGGCGAUCAAGCUGGGCACUGUGAGUGGACUUAAUCUUGCACAGGCUUGCCGGGCGUUUCUUCCUCGGUGGUUGAAUUACAUCCUAUACGUCUUUGCUGAGGCGGCUAUCAUUGCUACUGAUAUCGCAGAGGUCAUUGGAUUUGCGAUUGCCUUGAAUCUUCUGGUCCCCGCGAUCCCGCUGGUGGCAGGAUGUGCUAUUUCCAUCAUCGAUGUCAUGGUCCUACUCAUCUUCUACCGCCCUGAAGGAUCUAUGAAGGGUUUGCGGUACUUCGAAAUGUUCAUCAUGUGUCUCGUCCUCGGCGUAGUUAUUUGCUUCUGCAUUCAGCUAUCUUUGAUCAAAGAUACCACCCCGGGUGAGGUCUUCCAAGGUUAUCUGCCAUCCAAGUAUCUCAUCGAGUCUGAAGCCAUUUACCAAGCCUGCGGCAUCCUGGGCGCGACGGUUAUGCCUCACAGUCUGUAUCUUGGAUCCGGCAUUGUUCAACCCCGCCUGCGUGAAUACGAUGAGCGGAGCGCUCUGUUGCCUCGUCAAGUCACUUCAGAACCCUCCGUUAUCGACAACAGCAUCGACAAGGGUUACUACGUCCCCUCUGAGAGGGCAAUCAAGCACUCGCUCAAGCUUUCGAUUCUCGACCUGUCUAUUUCUCUCUUUACAUUCGCGCUUUUUGUCAACUCGGCUAUCCUCAUUGUUGCAGGUGCGGCGCUAUAUAACAAUCCAAAUGCUCAAGAUGCAGAUAUAUUCGGUAUUCAUAAAUUACUUUCCAAGACUAUCUCACCUACUGCAGGCACCAUAUUCGCCCUGGCAUUGUUACUCUCAGGAGUUUCAGCUGGAAUUGUUUGCACCAUUGCUGGUCAGAUGGUUAGCGAAGGCGCCUUAAACUGGAAUGUUAAACCAUGGUUACGCCGUCUCAUAACUCGGAGUAUUAGCAUCACCCCAAGCAUUAUUAUCGCAGGAGCCGUUGGGCGUGAGGGGCUUAAUGCAGCGCUCAAUGGAUCGCAGGUGGCUCUCAGCAUUAUCCUGCCAUUCGUGACAGCACCUCUUAUCUACUUCACCUGUCGUGACAAAUACAUGACGGCCCGACCAGGCAGUGCGCGCUGGCGCACUGGCGAUAUGGAUGAUGUGACAGACGCAGAUGGGAUAAUCGAAGAGGGAGACGGACAACGAGGUCAAGGCGUCAAGAUGACCAACUCAUGGUUUACCAUGAUUCUAGCUAUUCUAGUCUGGCUUUUCAUGGCAAUCAUGAACGUGGCUAACUUGGUAUUCCUCGGCAACUAGGGAAUCCCACGAAACAUAGUCGCUUGGUGAGAAGCAAUUAUGUCAUCACAUUUUUAGUAGGGGAGUAGAGCUUCUCCGUAGAGCUUUGAUGAAUGUAUCAAAGGAGCUCAGUGAGGAAAAUGCCAGAUUGACCCUCUGGCCAAAGUUUUGUUGAGCUUCUUCAGCCUAUAAUUAUCAAACUUCCAAGGAAUAUAGCAAGAAUUUCCUUACCUACAGCCGAUACUGCACUGAUCUGAUAAAAUUGUUGCACAAUCAAUGUCUUUGGUACAUGUGAAAAUCAGGUAGUCAAGCUAUAAUAUACGAUAGAAAUAGUAGUGCCACAGCUAAUGCAUUUUCUUCAGCAUCAGUUCUGAUCCCGGGCACCACUUUCAUUAGCGACGAAGGCAGGGUUGACGUCGGGUGUGUUAAGAUCACCCUCGGUCGUUACUCUAUUGAAAGUCAGAAAUAGGCAUUGCGUUGAUGUCGCGCGAGUACGUUUGAAGCUAUAAGAGAAAGAGGAAUGAUGGUUCUGUUUGCCGAGAACAUCAUAAGGCUAUGAGAAUGUUAAGAUAUAGUUAGCUCUAGAAUCGGACAGGAAGAGGGAAUGGCUAGUUUACAGAGAUGAGAAAGUGGUGAGGGAUGUUAUUUCUGAUAAUGAUAGUAAGGGGAUUAGUGAUAUAGAGUUCCUGGUUUAUCGGGUUUCUUAUGUUCACUGUGGUGUUUGAGAGACUCUUUCCUCAGAUUUCCAAUCCUUGUGUUGAUACCUUAUGUCAAGAGUUAGAAAUACUACUUAUGUCCCAAUACUUGAUGUUGUGCUGAGUUAAAAUCAACACGUCGACAGUACACACGAACGCGACAUAUCCCAGCAAG